GCACUCUUGAAUGACAACCGAUUGCUUGCGACAAGCGUAAGUGAAGAGUGAUGGCAUCAAUGUGGUUGGCGUGGUCUCUGGAACAACACUGAUCGCAAUUAGGGCUCUAUAAUGAUAGCUGCUAGCGUCGCGCUACUUUCGCACACGAGUGCCAGCCAAACGCACCCGGCAACGCACUGUUUCCUGUUAUUCGGCAUUGUGUUCUCCAUACUUGGGGUUCAACAUGCCCUGAAGGAGUCGAGGGUCUUAGCUUUGCUCGUGAAACCAUCAGAUCUGAAAGAUUGGGUGAGAAGAGGAACGCUUGGCGGCGACGAGAACAAUAUCAAGACCAACAACAGCUCAACCACCCAAAGCCAAGGCCAAGGCCUGAGUGGCCAACAAAGUUCCCAGCAAUCCCCUGGGCGGGCGGAGGCUGGAGGAUCCCAAAGCUCACGGGUCCAAGAGCGCGGUGCUUUGGCGGCGUCGAUCCCGGGCGCAUUUUCCUCUUUCGCGUUCCACUCGGUCCUGGUGGGCUGCGGUGUGCAUUUAGGGACAGUUCGCAGUCCAGACGAUAAAACAUCGCCACCUCUGCGCAACAGGCCACAGUUUAUUGCCUUCAUAAUCGCCCUAGGGAUUGGCUACUUGCUACACAAACUCUAUAGCGUUGGCCUUCCCAAAACUUACGGUCAGAUUUCUGAGGAGCCAGACGCAGGGGUGCAGUCACCGCAACAACAGACCACAGUCAAUCGGUCGUCAUCGCGUCAAGCCCACGAUGUUCACGGCGAAGAAGUCGAACGCCUCGCAAGCAAUCAAUCGCAGAGGGCCGAGGUUGAACGCGUUCGGUCACCCGAUUCUCGCGCGGAAAGAUGAAUGAGUGGGACUGAAAGCGAUUCUACCUACCGUCGUGAAGCUAGAGGUAGUCUCGCCCUUUUUGCAUCGUCCAGAUGCUAAUUAGCAUACACGCAAGCAGGAAGCGUCGGUAGGUUUUUUGGACUGCAGUUGUUCGAGUUCUCUGG